UGGUCCCAACAGGGUUCUUAACCCCAACCAUGCUUCUCCUAGAUGCCGGGACCCACAUUCCUCACAGUGUCCUGCUAUUGAUCCUGCUUCUGGGACUUAAAGGAGCAGCUAUGAGAGAGAUGAAGGUCAUCCAGUGUUAUAAAUCAGUUUCUGUUGAUGCUGGAGGGUCAGUCACUCUGAACUGCACAGUGACAUCCCUGUUCCCUGUGGGGCCCAUCAGGUGGUUCAGAGGCGUAGGACAAAGUCGACAGUUGAUAUAUAGUUCCUCAGGAGAACAUUUCCCCCGAAUAACAAAUGCUUCAGAUUUUACAAAGAGAAACAACAUAGACUUUUCCAUCCGUAUCAGUAAUGUCAUUCCUGCUGACAUGGGUACCUACUACUGUGUGAAGUUCCAGAGAGGAUCAUCAGAGCCUGACAUUGAGAUUCAGUCUGGAGGUGGCACUGAGUUGUUAGUACUUGCUAAACCAUCUUCACCUGUGGUCUCGGGUCCUACAGCCAGAACUGUCCCUCAGCAGACAGUGAACUUUACAUGCAGAUCCCAUGGAUUCUUUCCGCGGAACCUCACACUGAAGUGGUUCAAAAAUGGAAAUGAGAUCUCUCACUUGGAAACUUCUGUGGAAUCUGAGGAAACAAGUGUCUCCUAUAGAGUUUCCAGCACAGUCCAGGUGGUGUUGGGACCUAGGGAUGUCCGCUCUCAGAUCAUCUGUGAAGUGGCCCAUGUCACUUUAGGUCAAGACCCUCUCAGAGGGAUUGCUCACUUCUCUGACAUCAUUCAAGUUCCACCCACCCUGGAGAUCAGCCAGCGGCCAACAAUGGUAUGGAAUUUGAUAAAUGUCACCUGCCAAAUACAGAAGUUCUAUCCUCGAAGGUUUCAGGUGACCUGGUUAGAGAAUGGAAAUAUAUCCCGGAGAGAAGUACCUUUUACACAUAUAGUAAACAAGGAUGGAACUUACAACUGGACCAGCUGGCUGUUGGUGAACAUAUCUGCCCUUGAGGAGGACAUGGUAGUGACAUGCCAGGUUGAGCAUAAUGGACAGGCAGAAGUCAUUGAAACCUAUACUGUGGUGGUCACUGAACAUCAGAGAGUGCAAGGUACUGUUACCAUGUCUGAAUUUGUCAAAGGAUUUUAUUGA